AUCGUACGAUACAGGGCCCGUAUCGUACGAUACGGGGCGAUACACCCCGUAUCGUACGAUACGGCCUAAAAACGCAAAAGGGGGCCGAGACCUACUUAUUCGGCUUCUUUUUCAAAUUUUUCUUCUGUUCUUCAUUUCUAACGCUUGGAUAGUGCCGUGAGGGAGGGCGAUCGUUCAUUUUCACCGUGAAAAACUUGAUUUUCAUCGUCAAAUCGAAGAUUAAGUGGUCGAUUUGUGCGUGGGUGCUUGAUUUUCGUGGGAAGGAAAGGGGUUUUCUUCAUUUCAGACAUUUCUUCUUCGUAAGAUAUGGAUCCUACAUGGCAAUGGUGCGAAAGGGUGAAGGAGAAUAACCGUUUGAAACUCAAAUGUGGCUUCUGUGGGCAUACACUUUCAGGAGGGAUUAUUAGAAUGAAACACCAUUUGGCAGGGACCUCCAAAGAUGCGUCUCCUUGUGUUGGAAGACCAAACAAACCUUUGCCUCCAUUUGUGCGUCAACAAUGUUUAGAUAUGCUUCAUGCUUUACGUCAAAAGAGAAUACAAAAAGAAACUGAAGAUGCAGAUGUAGGCUAUAAUGUGCCUUUGGAAGAUGAAGAAGAAGAGGAAGAAGCUUAUGAAUGUGAUGAUGAAGACGAUAGCAGUCUAAGAACAGAUUUGGAGACCUCAAGAGGUAGAGAUCGUAGAGGAAAAGGGAUUAUGUAUGAAGGAGGUCGAUCUGGCAUAACGGGAAGGAAGAGGAGAGGCACAACAGAUGUUAGGGCCAGGCGUGGUAUGCGACCACCUAGUGGUAGAGUUCCUACUGGUAGGUCUAGUGUUGGCUCUAUUAAGAGUUUUUUCCCUUCAUAUACCAGCCCAGGUGGUCAGUCGCAGAUUCGUGCUGCUAUGACAUCUAAAGAUAUGCUAUAUCAUGCACAAAAGCAGGUAGGGCAAUGGUUUUAUGAUGCAUGUAUUCCAUUCAAUGCAGCUAAUUCUUUUCAAUUCCAAGCCAUGGCAGAUGCAAUUGCUUCUAUAGGCCCCGGAUUCAAAAUGCCAUCAUAUCAUCAGUUGAGGGGCAAAAUUCUUCAGGAUACAGUCAAAGAAGUGUCUGAGCAUUGCGAUGAGUUGAAAUUAUGUUGGAAGGAAACAGGUUACUCCAUUAUGUCAGAUGGUUGGACUGAUACAAGGUCAAGAACACUUGUAAAUUUUCUUGUUUAUUGCCCUAAAGGUACAAUGUUCUUGAAAUCUCUUGACUUGUCCGAUGUUCCUAAGACUGCUGAGAUUUUAUUCAAUGUUUUUGAUAAUGUCGUACAAGAAGUUGGACCUGCAAACAUUGUACAGUUUAUUACAGAUAAUGCUGCAAAUUAUAGAGCUGCAGGAGAUUUGUUAUUUCAAAAGUAUAGAACAUUUUAUUGGAGUCCAUGUGCCACUCAUUGUGUUAAUCUAAUGCUUCAAGAUCUUAAUGAGAUGCAUGAUAUGAAAUCAGUCAUUGACCAAUGUCAAGAGGUAACAAAAUUUAUCUAUAAUCAUGCAUAUGUAUUGAAUUUGAUGAGAAAAUUUACAAAAGGAGUUGAAUUAAUACGACCUGCACAAACUAGAUUUGCCACAAAUGUAUUGACUGUGCAGAGUGUGGUGAAACAAAGAACUCCUUUGAGACAGAUGUUUACUAGUGAAGAAUGGGCUGCAUAUCCACAUGCUCAUAAAAGAAAUGCUUCUUUAGUUGUAGAUAUUAUAUUCAAUAACGUAUUUUGAGAAUCAUGUGUGAAGCUAUUGAAGGUUUGUGUUCCAUUAGUUAAGGUUCUCAGGUUGGCUGACAGCGAGGACAGACCUUCUAUAGGGUACUUAUAUGAGGCUAUGGACAAAGCAAAAGAGGCAAUUCGAGACAACUUAAAGGAAAGAAAAAGUUAUAUAUGCCCAUAUGGAAGAUUAUAGAUAAAAGGUGGACUGGACAGCUUCAUCAACCUCUUCAUGCAGCAGCUUAUUAUCUAAAUCUUGCAAUUAGAUUUUCUCCUACAUUUAAGAAGGACAGAGAAGUCAUGCAUGGUUUGUUAGAUUGUAUUAAUGUGUUAGUGGAAGAUUCUACAGAACAAGAUGCUGUGCACAAUGAGUUGGAUCUAUAUGAUAGUUGUUUUCGGAACAUGGGACUACCUGCCGCCGUUCGAGCCAGCGUCCAGGUAAAUACAUAGAAAUUUUUAAUUUACUUUGCAUUUGUUACAUUUGAUUCUUUUAAAACUUUCACAUUGAUUUGUUAUAUUUUUGUUUAGAUUUGUGGUGGAAUAGGUAUGGGUUUGAUUGUCCAAACCUAGCACGUUUUGCAGUCAAAGUCCUCAGCCAGACAUGCAGUGCUAGUGGAUGCGAAAGGAACUGGAGUGUGUUCCAACAUAUCCAUAGCAAAAAAAGGAAUAGGCUCGAACAUAAAAGGUUGAAUGACCUUGUCUUUGUUCGAUAUAAUAUGAGGUUGAAACAAAUGUAAUAUAGGCAUAUAGCUUAAUUAAUGUUUACAUAUUUUGUACAAUAUAUUUAUAUGAAAUUAUAUACUAACAAAUUUUCUCUUAUUUAAUGUAGAGAAUUAGAAAAAUCAUUAGCAAGGAAGCACACAUCUCAGUUCGAUCCUAUCAGCUUGGAAAAUUUUGACGAUCUAGAGCCAUGGAUUGAAGAAGAACCAGCUACAAUAUUUGAUGAUGAAGAUCUUGAAUGCUUCAACCUUGAAGUUGAAGCAACAGAAGGCUUUGUUGAUGAAGGAGAGUCUGCUACUGCUGGUGCUGGUGCUAAAUAUGUUGGUGAAGAUCUUCCAAUUCUUGACGAUGAAGAAGAAGAAGAAGAUGAAGAUGAAGAUGAUGAAGAUUAUGAAUGAUGAAUCAUGAAUGAGAGUCAAGUCAAGAGUGCUUUCAUUUUAUAUGUAUCUAUGGUUGUUGAAUACUUGAUUGAAUGUUUUAUCAUUUAUGACUUUAUCACUUUAUGGCUUAUGGCCUUAUGCUUUGUUGAAUGAUAUUGUAUUAUUAUUGUUAUGAAUUUUGAUGUUUAUGAAUGAUGAACGCGUAAGUUUAUAGCAAUAAUAAGUCUAUCAUUAUCUCAAACAUGUUUUCUAUGAACAAUUUAUUAUUUUUAAUUUUUUCUGAUUUUUUUAUGAAUUUUCCGAUUUUUUUUAAAUUUUUUCUGAUUUAUUAAUAAUUUUUUAAAAAAAUUUACGAUACGUUACGAUACGUUACGAUACGGCGUAUCUUAAAGCCCGACCGAUACGGCUUACGAUACGCGUUUUACAACAUUGCGAUACGUACAACACUGAUUGUGAUACCUCAUACUUAUUAUAAAUAGACAUUAGUAUGGUUACGUUACGUACUUAUAUCAUAUAGUAAUAUGUAUUGUUACUUUGUUAUACAUGUUAUAAACUUAUAUGUAUAUAUACCAUUAUGUCAAAUUGUAUUGUAAUAGAAUUUGUUAUUCUUGUUAUAUAUAUUGUACUACAUGUUAUAUGUAUGUACUGUUAUGUACAGUCUGUUAUACCUGUUACAUAAUAUUUCAUCAACAUAUUAUAUGUAUAUACAGUUAGCCUGUUAUAAAAUAUGUAAUAUUGUGAUACCCGUUACAUGUAUAUGUUAGUAUGGUUAUGUACUUAAUAUGUAUUGUUACUAUUAUGCACUUAUAUGUAUACUACUGUGUACUGUUAGUCUUUCUUAUUAUAUUAAGUCUUUAAGUACAGAUGGAUUAACGCCUUCCUACAGAUUUACAUUCCUUCUUCUAGAGAUAGAUUCAGUUUUUUUUUUUUUUUACUUGUAUUAGAUUACAUUUAAUGAAUAAUCUUACACUUAUUCUAUUGAUUUUUCAUAUUCAAUGAAGUCAAACAAUUAUUUUUUAUUCUUUAAGUAGAUUAUGCUUGUUAUAUUACUACUCUCCACAUUUCAAAUAUUAGUAAUAGUUAGUCAAAAUAACUUGACAUAUUAACAGAACUAAACUAAAACUAAAAAAAAAAAUGGUUGCCUUUUCUGCCUAGGAUCACCUAGGCCAGCCUACGUGCUAAGCUCUGCCUGGCAACCAGGCAGCACCUAGGCGCCUUGGCAACAUAGAAAGUUUGUCAAAAAAAUCUCACCCUAGUCGUUUAUCAACUAAGACCUGAUUAAAUGAUACAGACAAGUCACAGCACGACCUAAAGAAAGCACAGAUGAACAAAAUAAGGCCAUGGUUGUCGAAUGAAUCCUUCUCCUUCCCUCAAUCCAUAUAGAAAUGCAUGAUAAUACAAAAUACUGAACAUAUUUUACAUUUCAAAUAUAUAACAUUGUUCAUCUUUUUUUUUUUUUGCUUUACCUCAUACAGUUGUCUAUAAAAAGUUGGUGACUUAAGAUUAGUUAACUUUUUUUUCCUUCUCAAGGAGAGGGCCGUUAAGUAGUCUGGGCCUUACAAGGCUCCUGAUUAUCAAAAUACAAACAAUGAUUAGCUAAUUUAGUAUAAGACUUCAUUAUUUUGAUUUGAGGUCUCACUUCUAUUGGUUUUAUUUUUUCACAAUAGGAAAAUUAAAAGUCGUAUGUUUUCCUUUCUACAUAAUAAACUAAAGAAGAUGAUGUGGCCUGCCCGAGCCAUGAGAGUGGGAACUGGCUAUCGGAAACCGAGUCUCUAGAUUGCCGAAAAGAAGUGCAUGAUACAUGCAUAACUGAAAAGUUUCCUCAUUCUGGAAACCAUCUAUCUUUUUACCUCAGAACAAACGACAGUACAAAACUACAACUACGGAAAUGCAUAAUACUGGUAAAACCCAUUAAACAACAAAAACCAUUGGUGAACUACACUUAUGAGAUGCAUUGGGCCAUAAAAAGAUUGUAAUGCUGAAAACUGAACCACAAGAACAACCAAAUUUAACAAGAACGGAAAGGAUGAAUGGGAUAUCAGGUUAAUGCACAAAAACUACAAAUAGAUUUUCAAAAAUAAUAAGAAUUUAAAUAGAAAUCGCGAACCUGAAGAAAACACACAUAUCAAUUAUCGAUCAUUUCUCAUCGAGAAAAACAAACUACACAAUUCUUUCCCUCGGUUUGCCUGCUACGACUAACGACUAAAGAAACAUUCCAGAUCCAAACGUUUUGGAACAGUAAAAACAACUAGAACAAAGAGUUCAGUAGAAUAUAGAGAAAGGAAGAU